UGCUCACCCAAUGCAUUGUGUACUGACACGGAAUCGGGCUACGUCUGCAGGUGUAAGCCAGGAUAUGUCGACUACUCGCCUAAUGCGCAAAGCUUCCCUGGUCUCGUAUGCAAGGAGUUGGUGAACGAAUGUUCUUCCCCACGUCUGAACGACUGUGACCAGAACGCCAUUUGUGUGGACACCGUUGAGGCUUACACCUGUAUCUGCCGACCUGGAUACACCGACAUGGAUGAGUUCAGAAAUCCGGGACGACGCUGUCAUAAAGAAAAAGACCAAAACGACCGCUGCUCCGUCGGCAAGAACGAUUGUGAUAGGAAUGCUCGUUGCACACAAAUAGGUGACGACGACUACACCUGCGCCUGCCAUGCGGGCUUCAAAGACAAAUCGCCAUCGCCAUCUCGUCCAGGCCGAGUGUGCAUCCCUGUGAUUCCUGAGUGUGACAAUCCUACACUAAACGACUGUGACUCACCGGACAGAGCAAUUUGUACCGACACUGAUGAAGGCUACAUGUGCAGGUGUCGUCAAGGUUUUCUGGACAUUUCGCCAAACAUCGCUUCGAAGCCAGGAAGACUCUGCAAGCCAAUGCAAAACGAGUGCGCCCUGAGGAUAGACGAUUGCGCCCGUGACGGUGGCAUCUGCGAGGAUACGCCAGACUCGUUCCUCUGCCGCUGUGCCAUCAACUACCUCGAUGUCUCCUUUGACAAAGUGAACAGACCGGGCAGAAAAUGUGCAAACGAUACAAAACGACUGGCUCACGAGAGCCAUCUGUUACUGGACACAGAGGACAGCUACAUGUGCGCUUGCCCUCCUACUCACAUCGACCUUUCUGCAGAUCCGAUCAACCGUCCUGGGCGGAAGUGUCUACUUCGAAUUAACGAAUGCACUUCGAAUCGCCAUGACUGCUCUCCGAACGCCGACUGCAUGGACACUCCGGAGUCCUACAAGUGUCGCUGCCGCGACGACUUUGUCGAUGAAUCGCCAGAUGUCGUAAGUCGUCCCGGGCGGAUCUGCCGGCCGGCGCUCGUCGAUGAAUGCCGACUGGGCAAGCAUGACUGUCAUAGUGAUGCUUUCUGUCAGGACCUACCACAAGGUUACACGUGCAGAUGCAAACCGGAGUUUCUGGACCAAUCCCCGAAUCGGGCCACUCACCCAGGUCGAAUGUGCGUGCCACGUCCUACUCCACCUCCUCCAGAAUGCAAGGCACAUCUGAACGAGGUGUGCCGACUGGUGAACAGCGAGCCGAAGUGCGCGUGCCCUAUCAACUACCAAAGGGAUUCGUCUGGCUCGUGCUCAGUGAUCAACGAGUGCGAAUUCCCACAACUAGUUGAUUGUCAUCCUUCUGCUGACUGCAUCGAUCAGUUGGCCGGAUACACCUGUGCCUGCCGGCCAGGAUUCAAGGAUAUCGGAGAGAAACCCGGACGACUGUGCAAACCCUUGGUGAACGAGUGUCAAUUCCCUCAUCUGAACGACUGCCAUCAGCACGCCCAGUGCAUCGACCAGGAGGAGGGAUACGAGUGCAGAUGUAAUCAAGGAUUCAUGGGUCGUUCACAUGGGCGACCAGGAAGAAUUUGCAAACAGCUCAUAGACGAAUGUAUCGACGAGGAGGAGGGCUAUCGUUGUGAGUGUCGCGAAGGAUUCCUGGACGUAUCGCCUUCGCCCCAAUUCAAAGGAAGGAGCUGCAGGCGAUUUGAGAACGAAUGCGAGACUGGUAAGCACGACUGCGAUCAGUCGGCUAUCUGCCACGACAACGAGCAGUCGUUCUCAUGCGAAUGCCCCACAGGCUUCGUUGACAGGAUCCUCCCAACAAACUACAUCGCCCUGGACGAGUUUGUGGACGAGUGCUCAACCGGACGCCACACCUGCAGCGCCCAAGCGGAUUGUCGUGACCUGGAGGAAGGAUACACCUGCGAGUGCCGCGAGGGAUACGUAGACCGUUCACCCAAUCUGGCUAGUCAACCCGGACGCGUGUGCAGUGCUCCAGAAGUUUGCCCAUCAAACCACGACUGUAGCUCAGCAGCUGUCUGUGAGCCACUGGGAGGCAACAAAUACCAGUGCUCCUGUAUUCAGGGAUAUGUUGAUCAGUCACCGAACGGACAGAAGGGACGUAUCUGUGUGAGAAACAACGCAUGCCGAGAUCCCAAGCUGAACACGUGCUCACGGAAUGCAAUUUGCUACGAUGAGGCCAGGGGCUAUCGUUGUGAAUGCAUCCGAGGGUUCAUCGACCGAUCUCCCGACCCAGCUCUGCGUGGACGAGUCUGUGAACCUCCGCCACCACCGACGCCUCCACCUCGUCAUCCUUGUCAAGAUCCAAAUCUCAACGAUUGCCAUGCAGCUGGCUCCUGUAGAGCGACUGGAGGGCAGUCGUACACUUGCGAAUGCCUUCAAGGAUACGUUGAUAAAUCCCCUGAUCGGAAUAAACCGGGACGCCUUUGCAUUCUCACGGAACCCGUCUGUCUCGAUAAAAGCGAAGUGUCAGGUCCCGAAAAAUACACCUGUCAAUGUCGUGAUGGGUACAUCGAUCAGUCACCAAAUCGGAACACACGUCCAGGCCGAAUCUGCGUUGAAAUGGUGAAUGAAUGCCUCGAUCGAUCUCUGAACGACUGCCACUCGUUGGCCAUCUGUGAAGACAAGAGAGAAGGCUACACAUGUCGUUGUCCAGUGAAUACGAUCGACAAGCACGAGGCAAGAUCAAUGAGUGUCGGAAUCCGUCGCUCAAUACGUGCUCCCGAUUCGCAGAAUGUAUCGACAAAGAAGAACGGGUACGAGUGCCGAUGCCGUCAGGGCUACUUCGACAACGAUCGCGCUCAUCCUGGAACUCAGUGCACCUACAUCAUCAACGAAUGUGACUCGCCGAAUCUCAACGACUGUGAUCGCAACGCCAUGUGCAUCGAUCGAGAAGGAGGCUACGAUUGCAAAUGCAAGCCACCAUAUCGGGAUGAAAGUCCUUCCGGACAACCUGGUCGAGUCUGUCGACUGAAUGAAUGUCUCGAUAGCAGUCUGAAUAACUGCGAUCGUAAUGCUGAAUGCCAGGAUAUGGACGAUGGCUACAUCUGCAGCUGCCGUGAAGGAUACUACGACCAAUCGCCGAAUCCUCAGGAGCCAGGACGUGUCUGUCUCGAGUUCCAGGUGGACCAGAAAAUCGAGCAGGCCACGCACACACCUGUGCAGACGCAUCCACUCAAUGACGGUCUGCCUUGUGGUCGUGAGUUCUGUAAGAUCGCUAUGGGAGAAGUGUGCAUCAGCGGAUCGUACUGCGGUUGUCGUCCAGGCGAAAGCAGAUCGGUAGCGACCGGAAGGUGUGAACGAGUGGUGGAGACACCAAUGCAGAUCCGAGUGGUCAGCCGCGAUUCUCGUCCUCUGCUUUAUUCUAGCGAGUACGGAUCCACUAAGAGCCCUCCCUAUGUUGAAAUUGUGGACAUGUUCCAGAUAUGGCUAGAACAUUCGGUGGGAACAAUCUAUGCCCCUCGAUACGUCAACACAAAGGUCGAGUACAUCACUCAUCCGAAGACAGUCAACAGCUCUUGGCCAGAUGGUCUUCUGUUCAAGUACGACGUGCAGACAACUCCAUCAAAACAGCAACCCAUUGAUAAAUGCGACCUGUGGAAGCAAAUGAUGGCCUCGUUACAGCGCACAAAUGGGGUUAUCGGCGGUCGUUCGCUGCGAAUCGCUGACGACAGUGAACUGUUGAAUCCUUGUCGAACAGAAGAACCUCUGGGUGAGUGCGGUGGAAAAGACUGCAACCUCAAGCUUGGC